AUGACAGCUACUGUAAGUAUCGAGCAGCACAAUAUAUCAUUACCAAAUAGCCACGAUAAUGGAAAAUUAGCGUUUUUCCUAUUGAAUGUAUUUACACCAGAAGAAUGUCAACAAUGGAUCGAAUUAACAGAAAAACGUGGUUACAGCCCAGCAUUGGUAAAUAUUGGUAACCUACAAGUUUUGAUGACUGGUGUUCGAAAUAAUGAUCGAUGUAUAAUUGAUGAUGUUGCUAUGGCACAAAUUAUAUUCGAACGCAUUGAAUCCUAUCUACCGAAAAAAUGGAAAGAACAUCAAUUAGUUGGACUUAAUGAACGCCUUCGUUUUCUGCGUUAUGAUCCUGGUCAAAAAUUUAAACCACAUUUGGAUGGAGAAUACGCUCGAAACGAUGAGUCAUUAGAACGCAGUUUUAUUACAGUUCAACUCUAUUUAAAUGAAAACUUUCAAGGUGGUGAAACAACUUUCAUUCAUAACACGGAUUCCAGUAAAAAUGUUGCAUGCAUUCCGCGUACAGGAAUGGUACUUAUAUUUCAACAUGAUAUACUUCAUGAAGGAUCACAAUUGAUAAAAGAUCGAAAAUAUACAGUUCGAACUGAUGUUAUGUAUAGACCAUUGAAGAAGAUAAAAUCUUCUAAAAAAUAA